AUCAGGAGGCAAUUUCUAUGCAGGGGAGAGGAUAUAAGUAUAUGUUACAUCCUUUUACCUGGAAAAAAGUUCCUCAAAAUAAGAUUUGCAUUUGACUGGCCACCCUUCUGACGAGGACAGGCGAAAGUGUCCGAAACACAGGCAUCAGUAUCUGUGUAAAGGGUUCACUGUAGCUGAGAACGAACCAAGAUGGAUUUCAUCUUUAUCAUGUUAACGUUGAAGAUUAUAUUACUGAGCUGUCCUGAAAACAUUUCAUGUUUACAAUUUCGGAGGGCAGCUAUACGGGCAUGCAAUCAUUCCCUUGAAAGUGUCAAAGAGGGCCUUGGUUGUCCAAGAAACAAAUCUGAAUGGGAAAAACGAGCACAAGAGAUGCAGUGUGAAACGUAUUCUCAGAACUGCACAGAUAAGUCGUCUUUCGUGUACCAUUGCCUUAUCAAUCCGUGGUCUAAUGGCACAAUAGAAGUAUGCGCACCAAGGAUAAAAAUUUUUGGUAAAAAAUGCACUGAAUUCAACAUCGGUGGCGCACGUGUACAAACACACUAUAAAAAAACGUGUCAAUCAUGCCCACGCAGGUAUUAUUCUUCAGAGAGCUACAAAUAUCACGAAUGUUAUAAAUUGGUUGAGAUUGUGGAGUUACCCAUGACGCAAGAGUCUUCUUCAAAUGUUUUUACAUCUAUGACCAUCAAAGGAAAAGUACAAGACAUCUUUAAUACUACGAACCAAACAUCAAAAACUGACUUUGGAUAUGAAAAGCAGAAGACCUUACUUGCAAUCCUGAUACCUAUGUGUGCAUUUUCUAUAAUUGUUCUCCUUUUCCUAUUUCUGAAGAAAGAGAAUGCAAGUGGAAACAAGAAAUCUAUAGAAGAUAGAGAAAAUGGCAUUUCAAAUGAAAGUGAUGGCGAAAUGGCUUUUACUUUAAAAGGAGAAAAUAAAGAAGUUCAAAACCCUCUUGAAAUGAAAACAGACUUCUUGAAAUGUCUUUGCAAGAUAGUGGACUGUGAAAAAGGAAUGGAUGGUUUAAAGGAAAAAAUUCGUCAUUCGCCAUAUUAUGAUAAAUAUGCUGAAUACCUUACCGAGAAAACCUCCCCAGUAUUGAGCGUUACAGGAAACUGGCGUGAAGACAUCGGUAUUCAAGCUGCUGCAGAUAUAUUCAACAUCAAAAUAUAUGUAGUUCACACUCAUAUGCAAGAAAGAAAAAAGACUACUAUCUUUCUUCCAAAGGACAUUGCUGCUGAAAGAUGGAUGAAAAUUUCAGUGGAAAAGGAAUUUCAAUAUACUUAUCUAUCAGAUUGUGACACUUGUAAUGAAGAGGAAGCCGAGUUGUGGUAUGAUGAUUUAUAUGAGUUGCCAGAUCAAGAUUCAAAAGGCCAAGAAGAUGUUUUCAUUUGUUGAAAGAAGAUGAUAUCAGCAUAAACUCAAAAAAUACAUCAAUAAUUCUCAUCUUAAAUGGGCUUGCAGAUGUUAUGGAUUUUUUUUAAAUAAGUAAUUGACAACCCUCCCUCUCCUCCGUAUUUUGCAUUCUUUCAUGUACAUUUUAUAAAUAUUUCGAAAUCAUUGAUAGAGACUUUAUAUUGUACCAAUUACUAGUGGAUAUCAUUUAUAGCAAAGCGUUAAACUUAGCAAAACUGGCUAGUUCCCAUGGUUUACUCUAGUAAAACAAAAUUUGUCACAUACAGUGUAAUGACCUUGGAACAUAUAUAAGUUUUGGAGAAAUGUUGUAUACAGUGUAUAUAUUGAUAUCAGCUAAUUACGUGUUGGGCCUUCAAUGUAUAUGCUAUAUAGACUUUAUCAGUGGUGAAAAGGAUGAGGGAUCUUGUGAACAGAAUUCGAAGAUUCAAACUUUAUCAUCAGAUUUAUAUGAUCAUUAGAGAAACGGUUUUUUUUUACUUCUGCAGACUGGAAAAUUCUAUUAAGUUAUCAUAUACAUGUACAACUAUGUGUGAAAUUAUUAAUCAAAGGAUUCAUUAGGGAAUGAUAAUUAACUUUCAUCUACUGAUACAAUACGUACCAAAUAUAGGUAUAUGCAUCUAUAAAUAUCUAGGUAUAUAUCCCAAAGGACUGUGUGCAACUGUACAGUAUAUAUGAAUUGUAAUGCAUGGUGCAUUCUGUUAUCUGCGUAUAUGUCUCUAUUUAGAAGAUUAAUUAUUAUAUGUUUAACUGAA